AUGGCGCCCGCUGGAGAUACCCAGUUCAAGGAGCUCGACAAAAGGGCCUCAGCCCACACACCAUUCUUCUCAGUGGCUUCGGAUGCGUCCAAUCAUGGGACGACGAAGCUUUUCCCUCUAUCAGUGCGUUACUGGACGCCAGAAUUGGGAGUGCAGACAAAAGUCCUCGAUUUCUAUGAGGACAAUGAUGAAACCUCUGCUGCGAUAAACUACCAGAUUGUCACCAAAUUGAAGGAAAGUGGACUAGAACUUGACAGGAUAUCUGCAUACUCCGCUGACAAUGCUAGUCUGAAUUACAGGCGAUACAACUCUGUCUUCCAGAAGCUGAAAGAGAACAACAAUUACAUUUUGAAGGCAAAUUGUGUGGCCCACAUCGUUCAUAACAGUGCAAAAUACGCUGGAGAUCGGCUAAAUAUCGACAUUGAAAAUGUUGUCAACAAGAACUUUAGCCACUUCUCCUCAUCUGCCAAACGCAUUGAAGAGCUUAAGUCAAUUUACGCCUUUGUGGAGAUGGAGUACCAGUCCCUGCUUAGAUAUGUGCCCACAAGAUGGCUAAGCCUGUGGCCUGCAGUGAAGAGGCUUUACGAUAACUGGGCUCCUAUCAAGUCCUACUUUCUCUCAUUGGGAGAGGAGCAGUGCCCAAAGUCAUUAUGGCGGCUGUUCAAAGAUGACCAGGAUGGUGAGUGCAUCACCCUUGAAUUACAGGUUUACCUGGCCUUCCUCAGCAAUGUGCUGAAAGUUUUCCACAACACUGCGCUUGUGCUGGAGCAAGAAGAUGGGACUGUCUGCGAGCUCUACGAUAUGAUGUUCACCCUAAAAACCAAGCUACAGCAACGACAGAUUUCCUGA